CAGAAGCUCCUGAUGAAGACGGGGCUCAUCCUGAUUGUGAUCGGACACCUCAGUUUCAUCUCCGGAGCCCUCGUGCAGGGGACCGUGCUGCGCUACGUGGCAAACCCCCAGGAUGCCAUCUCCCUGCAGUACGCCAUCGCCAACAUCAUCUCGGUGACCUCGGCCAUCCUGACCAUCUCCUGUGGCAUAGCUGCGAUUGUGCUGUCCAGAUACCUUUCCCUAACAGCCCUGAAGUGGGCAGUCUUCUCCCUCAGCAUAAGCAGCACCCUGCUCUCGCUCUUCUGCUCCGUGGGGCUGGCGGUCUCCAUUAUCCUCACCUUCGUCAACAAAGGGAACGCCCUGCUGGCCACCUGCACCUUCGCCGAUGUGGAACUGAUCCAGAUCUCCCACGAGUGCGCCUUCGACCCCACCCGCGUCUAUAGCUCCACGCUGUCCCUCUGGACCAUGUCCCUGAUACUCGACGCGGUGGAGAUCAUCUUCAGCAUCCGGUGCUUCCUGCUCACCCUCGCGCUCCUCAACCUGAAACUGUGUCGGAGGACCCGCAAGAAAAAGGUCACGUUGCAGCUUGUCCCAGUGGAGAAUCGGGAAGCCAGUGAGGGCCGUGUCCUCCUGAGGCAGGGCAGAGUGGAGACGGUGUGGCUCUGAACAGGCCAGAGGAGCCUCCGCUCGUGCAUCAACCUCAUGGACCUGCCCCCAACCAGGCUCUGCUGUCCC